AUGUUGACAGCAAACGCGACUGAAACUGAAAAAUUAAAGCCAAUAGUUAUUGGAUCAUUUAUUGAACCCUAUGCUCUAGCCUACGAAGAAUCAAACAGUGAAAAAGAGGAAUUAGAAAGUGUGAAUUCAGAUAAUAAAGAGAGUCAUGCAAGCUUGUCUAGGAAUUUUAUUCGAUGUGGCCAUGGCUGCCUAAGGUUAAAUGCUAGUAAUAUUAAUAAACAAAGCUGUGCUCGUCCUUAUAGACUUUCAGCACCUUCUGAAACUUCUUUAACAAAUAUUAGGCUUGAAUUUUUGCCACCUCACACUACCGCUCACUUGCAACCGAUGGAUGCAGAGGUUGAAACUUCAACAAUUGUGAAUUGUUGGGUAAAAACUGGAAUCCUUCCGGCAUUAUCUGGUAACGAAAUUGAAAGUGCCACUCUUGCCCUGCAAGACUUGGCGUAUUUUGAAAAAGAUGAAAAUGAUGAAUUGAUCGUAGACUUAACAACAAAUUUAUUAGACCCAACAAUCGAGCGUGAAAUAAAUAACUUCAAUAAUCUAAACAAUUCUCAAAUACUUACAGAGGAUGUUCUUGAUGAAAUGCAAAUUGUGCAUAUUGUAUUAGAUGAACAGGAGAAUAUGAAGAAGGUGACGCAAGUGACACAGAUAAUGAACCACCCGAAGUUCCUGUCGUGA